UAAAAUACAUUGUCUUUGGCUCUAGCUGCGAAUCACAGGCUUCGAGGAUCAUAUGAUCGGCCGACCUAACCUCUCUUUAAAACUACGUGACGACAGAAAACAAAACAAACUGAUUGCAAAUAUUCUCGCGAGUUGCUAACACGGUGAGGUAGGAAGAAAUGAAAAGAGAUUAUCGCUAAAUAGACGCGAGUUUCUCGCGAAGGUGGGAAGAAUGACACUGCGACGUUUCCUCAUUUUCCUCAGCUUCGGGACAUUGCUCGUUGGAACUGAGUCACGAACAAAUCUGAACGGACUGAUGCAAUCUGAAGACAAAAAAUUUGACGAUUUACUCCGAAAUGUUUUCCUCCAAAAUGAGCAUCACAGAAGAGAGGAAAAACAGGCAAACUUAAUCUCACAGUUGGCAGAAUUGUCAUCUACACCGGAUGGGGUCAACGGGCAACACCUGACGAAUAAAAGCUCGGAUGUAUCAAACAUUUUUGAUGCCAUACUUGGUAAGUCUGGAGAUGAGGGGAACAGUCUCGAGCUCUUCCAGAAAACGAAAGAUGAUGAUUUUCGAAACUUAGACAAAAACAUUAAAAAAGAGGUUUUACCACUUUCGACACUUCAAAGGAAUGAAGCGCUUGCCGAUUUGUAUUCUUUGCUAGCACCUUACAUCGGAGGAAAGUCUGGAGCAGGAGAUCAGGAAAAACUAUACAAAAAUGAAGCCGCCGAAAACGAAGUUAAGCAUACCUCGCAAGUAGACGUAAAAGUUUUGAAAAGUCGCACGGACGCCAACAAACAGACCGGGACAAAAUUUUUUGACAGUCGCCCGAAUAUGACAGACCUUCUCAAUAACAUCCGGAAUAUAACUAAAAGCAAACAAGAUCAAACAUCAGUUAGGACGGUUGCUGCUAGAUUUCUGCAGGAUCCCUUCAAUAUCUUUAGAGAACAGGACCUUUAUUAUGGACCGACAGCAACUUAUGGUUGUAAGGAAACAUACUCGCACUCUGCGGCAAAAGAGAAUACACUGGGUGCAAAUCAGAGAACAAGUGAGUUAACAGCAAAGCAAACUAGUAGAUUUGAUGAUAGUAAUUUGCAAGCUCAUAACUCACAGGAUGAGAGCAGCUUUACAAAGACGGGUCGGAAAAUGAACCGAAGUGUCAAAAUUAGAAAACGCAACAACUCAAUGGCAGACAAUUCAAGCAAAACUGUAAGUAAAGUCCCAUUAUCUUCUCCUAAGAGCUCCAACAAAAAUUCAGAAUUUCUGGGUGUAGGAGAAAGGUCUGGAGGAAAAACGUACCAAAAGAGCAAUUCUAAACAAGAAACUCAUGAUGGAUCUGGAGAGGAAUAUUCUGAAGUAAAAAAAAUGGAUUUUAAAACUGAGGAGAUCACAGCAUUGACUGCUCGAAUCGUUGCGGAUAUUGUAAAAGAAAUCGACAAGAGAUAUAGACAUGAGUGUGAAUCUGAGCCUGCCAAAGGCGCAACCCUCACUAAGAAAAUGGAAGAUCAUACGGGAUUUUUAAAUCCAGAUCUUUGUUCGAACUCAAGUAAAAGAGACCAGAGCAAUUCAAAAUUUUCUGAUCAAAUAGACAAAGGAAAAAAGGAGGAAUAUAAUACUUUAAAAAGUUUAAAUUUUCCUGUUGUUACCACAAAAUCAAUUACAAAGCCAGCUGGAAUCCCUUUGUACAAGAUACCAAACACAGAGAUCUAUAUAUACGAUUUGUAUUCUGCAAACAAAUCUGCUCAUGCGCAGAUGAAAAUCACCGAUCAAAGUGAUCUAGCGUCAAUUCUUGAUCAACUGGUUGCCACCGAUUCACCAGAUGGAAAUUAUAAAAACAGACUGGGUGAAUCUGUUCUGGCUAUUGACCCUAAUGAAAGCUUCCUGCAUCAGAGUAUAUUCGACAAGAACCUUCUCCCAGAUUUUUUUGAUUCAUUAAUUCAAUCUAAGUCUGAGGCGGCGAAGGAAAAAGGAGCCUCUAAAUUCACAGAUAUUGAUUCACCGAUUACUUAUACCUCUGAUUCAAGUCAAGUCAUCCCUGAAAUUGAGAUUCACAUACGAACAGUCCCAUUAGGAUCAAAAAACGCAUCAAAUGUUGAUCUAUCCCACAAAAAACCUAUUUUCGGCAGAAGAGACCCGUUUUCUGACAUAUUGCUGUUCAAUGGGCGAAGCCAGAAGAAUUCAAAACCAACAUCAAAAACACCUUAUCAACGCAAAGUAAUAGGUCAAAGCCAGCACCCACCCAAAAAAAAUACAGUCCUGAACCAACAGCCCAAAUUAGAUUCUGAUGAUCCACAGGCAUCAAAAAAAGUUCGAAGUUUCUUUGGACUGAAAGCAAGAUAAAGAAACUAAAUGCAGUUUUAAGUUAGACACACUCUGCUCUUCUAAGAACAUUAAGAUUUUACGCGAAAUAAGUAAAAUAAUUAUUUAUUUAGAAGUUUCGGACAUGUAGAUUGCUCUUCGGCUUAGAUACCCCAAAAAAUCGUUUUCUUCGAGGACAUGAAAUACAAGAAUAAUUCUCUCCUUGUCCAAGCAAUACAGCUCUGCUUGGGAAGUAUUGGAACCAGUAACCUAACAAACUUCAUAUGUAAUUAGCUGCUUCCUGGAUUUGUUUUUGUUUUCAGUUUCAAUUUAAAAUUUUUAAGGAGGCCUUGUAAAUGAUAUAAGAGGAGAUCACAUAAUUUUCUUUUUAUGAUAUAACAAGAAGAGGAGGACACUUGCUAAUCGGCAGUGCAUUAUUAGGUCAAUCAUUUAACAGCAAGAAAAAUAGGUAAAUAGGGUGAUCAUCAUCAAGCAUUAACUAUUUUGAAAGUAUUUUUUCCCUUUUGAGUAAAAAAAAAAGAAAGAAAGAAAAAAAAAAUAACUAGUCAUUUUAGAUAAGCUCUUCUUGUUAUUCUUCAUAUUUGAUUAUUUUCUACAAAUCAAAUUUUACGAUUUUUCUUAGAUAUUGAGAAAAAAUUGGUCAGAUUGACCUUUCAAAUGGGUCAGUUGCACUAAACGCAGAAUAAAAUCAUAAUCAAUUAAUGCUAAACAUCACCAGAUAGAAUUCUUAAAAAAAUGAAUCAACCAAGCAAUGUAAAUUGUAAAUUUUAUCAAGCUAAAGAAUAGGAUUUUACUGUUGAUGUGUACCAUUAAUAUGAGUAAAUCAAAUUUCCAAUUUACAUGGCACUGGCUUAUUUAUUUUCGUACAAAAUCAUGUUUUGAUGGUUUGAGCUUAUUAAUCAGCAAAUAAUAACAAGAUCAGUUAAACUGCUUUUCUUUGUACAGCAGACGUUAACAAAAAUAUGACCCAUCAAAAAACGUGGCAUGUGACAUCGUCCACUGCAGUAAUACAUACAGGUCUAUCAUAGUUUCUCCCAUCUUGGUUUGAUCAAUUAGUGAUACACACAUUCGCACUGAUCACUUGACAUAAAACACGGAUGAAAGCAAGAUGGAAGAAACCACGGUAUGCACUAUUGCAGUGGAUGAUGUCAUACGCUAAGUUUUGUGAUAGGUGAUAUCCUCCACAGAUACUUGACAAUGAAUUUGAAAUUUGGAUUGAUCUCAUAAAUUUCUACGAAUAUAUUAGUUCGAACCAUCGAAACAACACGAUUCUGCGACUACGGCAAUUGUCCAUGAGAAUAAAUAGCAAAAAUUCUACAGUUUCAUGCACUCAGACUAUUAUAAAAUCUCUCAAGUAGAUAUAAAAUCUCCAAGAUAGUCAUCAUAACAGGAGAGUAAAAAAUUAAAAGCAAGCUAUUUCUUUCUAUUAGUACAAACAAAAAAGUAAGAUUUUUUUUUUUUUAUUCUCUGAGGAAAGAUAAUUUCAACCAAAAUUGAGUAUAGAUAAUAGGAAUUAUUAUUUUAAAGAACCCUGCAUAUCUAUAUAAAUGCUUGCUUUGGAUGAGGGUUUGAAUUUUAAUGUCUCUCCGAAAAAAUAAAUUCAACGACUUAGUCAUAAAUUGUAGCUGUGUAAUAAUGUCAAAUAGAACCAGAAGUGCAAUAUUAUGACUUAUAUAGCACCAAUAUAGCAACAUAUGGCAUACCAUAUACCAUAUAGCAACAAUGUUAAUAUUAUAAUAACUUAUGAAAUGAAAUAUUUUAUGGUAAUGAAA